UUCCCGCCCGUAACCAAACCAAGCCCCCCCUCGCUUCCGCAUCGCCGUGCUUAAUUCGAGGCUAAAGGCGACGAGACAAAUUAGUACCGCCCACCACACAUUUCCAAGAGACGGCGAGAGAAAGAGAGAAAGAGAGAGAGACACGAGAGAGAGUACCCUCCGCCGACCUCUCUGCCCUGCCCACCGUCUCGCACACCCCCCUCCCCCUCCCCCCAAGCAUGGCGGGCUCACAGUUUCGCAAUUCCUACUACGGCGCCGCCCAACCGAUGAAUGAGAAGUACGACAACGGCAUCCAACGCCGACCCACCGGCAGCAGCAGUAGAGCCGACCGCAACACACGAUCUAGCGAAGGCACCGUCAGCACAACGAUGAGCGCCUCCACCUCGGGCAGGGAGUCCUCCGCAACACACGUCACCGAGGCGCCCGCAUACUCCAAGAAGAUCGUGGUCGUGGGCGACGGUGGCUGCGGCAAGACCUGCCUCCUGAUCAGCUACAGCCAAGGCUAUUUCCCAGAGAAAUACGUCCCGACCGUCUUCGAGAACUACAUCACCUACCCGACUCACCAACCGAGCGGUAAGACCGUCGAGCUUGCCCUGUGGGAUACUGCCGGACAAGAAGAGUACGAUCGACUGCGGCCGCUAUCAUACCCCGAAACCGACCUGAUAUUCGUCUGCUUUGCCAUCGACUGCCCCAACUCCCUCGACAAUGUCUUGGACAAGUGGUAUCCCGAGGUGCUGCACUUCUGUCCGUACACGCCGCUGAUCCUCGUCGGACUCAAGUCGGACCUGCGAACCAAGAAGACGUGCAUCGAGAUGCUCAAGACGCAGGGGCUCACGCCGGUAAGCGCGGACCAGGGUGCGGCCGUCGCGCGCAAGAUGGGGGCGCAGUACAUGGAGUGCAGCAGCAAAGAGAUGACGGGCGUCGACGAGAUCUUCGACCAGGCGAUCCAGACCGUCGUCGUCAACGACCGGCGCACCCUCGAGGUGGCGAUGGCCUCGGCCCCGACGUCGUCGGCCGCCGGCGGAGCCGGAGCCUCGUCGAGCGGCGGGCGCGACGGCGGCGGCGGCAUCCCCGGCGUCCGCGCUUUUAAGAAGAAGAAGCGGAACUGCAACUUCUUGUGAGAGGAGAGGGAAGGGACCGGGAAAUGGAAUGGCGAGGCGGCGGCGGCAUUCCUCCUACCAGAAGCGGCAGCCAUGCUUGGCGCAGGGACGGCGGCGACUGAAAAGCCGAGUAAUGACCCCCUUGGCAUGACAUUUUAUGUUUCUGUCUCUAUUCCUCCACGACGUUAUUUUUUUUUUCUCGCCUUCUCUCACGACUGCGGGAGGGAGGGUGGUUACCUUUUCUGGGAACAGCCAACGCUCGACGCCUUCGAACUUGGUGCCCCUACCAUCUUCGUCUCCUUCU